AUGGCAGAGAAUGAGGUACAUUUAUUUGAUGACUUUGUCACUGAAGAUAGUAUUUACCUUAUAGACUCCAAGGAUGUGGAAAAGGAAAACCAAUCACUUUUAGACACUUUUGAAAAAGUACAAAGUUUCGUUAAACAAGAAAUCAUUGAAGGAAGUAAUAAUGGAGAGUGUAGAAAAGAUUGUCUUGUUAAUGUUAAACAUAAUUUAAGAUCUAAAAUCAACGAUAGUGAUGAAGAAAGUGACGAUUCUGAUCCUGGAGAUGAAAGUGAAAAAACCUCAUGCAAUAUUAAGAAAGAAAAAAGGGAUAGUGACUUUUCUGAAGAAGAUUAUACAAAUUCCUCACAUAAUGAAGAUGAAGCCAUGUUUGAGACAAAAAUAGAAGUGGAAUAUCAUGGGGUUAAAUAUGAUAAAGAAGAUGAAUCAGGGGACGCCAAUGAAUUUAUAAAAACAGAAAACAUAGAGAAUACCAGCCCUUCCAGAAAAAGGGAAAUAAUAAAAGGUGACAAAUCCAAUGGCGUUAAAAACCGUUGUCCGCAUUGCCUAAAAGAGUUCACAAGAAAAGCUCAUUUAAAACAUCACGUUGAAAGCAAACAUGGCGACCCCUUGCAAAGAAAAAAAUACAAAUGUCCACAGUGCCUAAAAGCUUACAUAGACAUUUAUUAUUUAAAAAAACACGUGUCACGUUGUAAUAUAAAACACAAUGGUUUUGAACACACGUGUCCACAUUGCCCAAAAGUGUACAUAAAUAAACAUUACUUUAAAGAGCAUGUAGAAAGCCAACAUGGCGAUCCCUCGCAUAGAAAAAAAUACAAAUGUCCACAAUGCGACCAAAUAUUUUCUAGUAUAUUUACGAUUCCUUACAACAACAAAAAACAAGACAAUUGUCCUCAUUGCCCUAGAGCUUACACAGGAAGACGUUAUUCAAAAACCACGUUCAAAACCAACAUGACGAUCCCUUACAAAGAAAACAUUACAAAUGCCCCCAUUGCCCACAGAGGUUCAAAAGAACUUUUAACUCUGGAUGACAAAAUAGUAUUAACUAAACAAAAUCUAAAUAGGCACAUUAAAUCAAAACAUAAAUCAACUUAA